AAUUAUCACCUCAAAACGAACGAACAAAAUGCGCGCGCUAGCCGUCUUGUCACUCCUCUGCCUCUUCGCGGCUUCCUCCUGCCAAAGCCAUGAUCUGGUGCUCGGCCAGACAACCUACGGAGACGUCUUGCUAUACAAGAUCAACGAAUAUAAAUAUGGCUUCCCUUUCUUUGUGAGGACCAGCAUUAUUGAAUACCCGGAACCUGGGAGGUACAACUUCGCCUACAUCAAAGCUAUCCACAUUAAGGACAACGACCACGAUGGCUCGGGAGGGUACCCGUCGAUCUCUGCUGGCGGCAUUGGACAGCGGUUCGCGAAGAUCAAGUUGAAGUCACAGCGAGGCGGUGGAUUCAACUUCACGGUGACCGUUUAUGGACGAUAUUGAUUUUUCAACUUAUGUGCGCAUAGUGCAUUUUGUAAAUAGGUAUUAGAUAUUUAUAUUUGUUAGUAAUGUUGAGUUUAACAGAUUAUUUUGUUGUAGUUUUAUUGUGAACAACGCAAUGAUUGAAUUGUUUUGUGAUUAAAUGACUUAUAAAUGA